AUGGAAUAUGCAAAUGGUGGAAAUUUACGGGAAUUUAUUAAAACAAAUAAUCACUUAUUGAAUUGGGAUAAAAGAUUAGAAUUAGCCUGUCAGAUCACAAAAGGGUUAGGUUAUUUGCAUAGUGAAAAAAUUAUUCACAGAGACCUGCAUGAUAAAAACAUUGUCAUCCAUGAUGGCAAAGCAAAAAUAACUGAUUUUGGAAAUGCUAUAAGUAUUAAUACACAAACAAAUAUACAUGACAGUCUUUUUGGAAUGAUUCCAUUUGUAGCUCCUGAAUUACUUAAACAUGUCAAAUCUGAUAAUAUACCAUAUUGCAAAAAAACAGAUAUCUAUAGCCUUGGCAUGAUAUUUUGGGAAUUAUCUAGUGGUCGUCCACCGUUUGAAGAUCAAUUAAAGAUUUCUAUAGCUAUCAAACUCGUUCAAGGCUUCAGAGAAGAUGACAAGUACGGAACUCCUGAAUAUAGGAAUCUCUAUAUUAAAUGCUGGAAUGCUGAUCCAUAUGAACGUCCAGAUAUUGAAGAGGUGCACAAAUUGUUAGAAGAAAUAGUAAACUCUAAAAUAUUGCCAGAGAUUGACCCUCGUACUAUUAAUCCUGAUGCAAGAGAAAGUCUGCUCGAACUUGACGAGAGAGACAGUGUAAUAGAAAAUAGUACAAUAGAAGAGAAUACUAUAGAAGUGAAGCCAAAAGAAAUUAUAGUUUACAAAGGAACAGAAGUCUCACGUCUUUAUCCAUUUAAAGAAGGGAAAUGUGAUUGCAUACGUGGUGUUCAUGGGGCGGUACUAAGUGAAUGUAGUUUUCUAAUAGAUAUUACCGUUGGCCAAAAUAGUGUAUAUAGCUCUGAUAUUCUGGUCGAACCAUCACAGAGAGAAGAUCCAAAUCCAAGAAUGGUUGUAGAAAUUGGGAAACGGAAUCUCUUGAUAGUUUAA